ACUUCUCUCCUCUGCUUUUUAUAUAUUGCAUAACUUUCUCCUUUUUAUUUUUUUUUUUUUUGGAUUCGUUCUGCUGAUUUUUGUUGAUCUUUCUUUCUUUUUCCGGGCUUUGUUGCCCUUUCGCCAUUGAAAUCCAUGAUCUUCAGUAUCUCAUGGACUCAUCUCCAGUGCACACCACUUCUUCACCCCAUGAACAAGAAGAGUGGGCUAUAUUAGCUCUCUUUCUCUGGUUGUUUAUCUGGAAAAUUCUGACCAAAAAAGGAGAGAACAUUUACUUGGGACCGCAUGGUGCACCACCAUCACAAUCAAGGCAGCAGGAGCUGAACCUGUCCAGUCGUAAGCAACGGUUUAAACAAAAACUAAAAGAAGCUGAUAGAAGGAUCGGUGGGGCAGGGCAAGAGAACAAGGUGGAAAAUUUGAAAGAGCUUGUAUGUGGUGGGAAAACAAGCCCCAACAUGUCCAAGGGUUCCCCCGGGGAUUGGCUAGACCCACAUUGCGAUGAGUCACAGUUUGAGAAGUCGUACCCCCAGUGAAUCAAAGCUUUUUGUGGCUUAAGAUACUUAAACGGUGCAAAGUUUAACAUAUCCGCACCAUUUAUGAUAAGUCUUUGUCUUGUUGUAUGCAAGCGAAUUACUGAGCUUAUGUAGUUUGACAGUAAUCCAUCAACCAAACCAUUUGGUUUUAGUACUAAUGAGAAGACAUUGAAAGUCAUAUUUUU